AUGUCCAGCUCCAGUUCUAGUUAUGAUAUUGGCAAAUACUAUCAAUUAAGUAAGAUCCUGUGUUCUUACAGAGAGAAAAUAAGAGAGUUAUUUGACCAAUACAUCUCAGACACCCUCAGCUACAUCCACACAGUAGAGGGAUUCUGUGAAAGGCAUCCAAGGUGGAUCCUGCAGAGAAAGGAGGAACAAUCCCAGAUGAAGAACAUCAAGGACAUGGCAGAAGGAAUCGACCCCAACUUUGAUAAAGUCAUUAAAUCUGAGGAUAAGGCAAAGGCAUUUCAAGAGUUCACAAAGAAGUAUCUGACCCAGGUAACUGCAGACAAUAGACAUAAGGAGCUGGAGAAGGAGCUAGAAGAUGUACUGAAGGACACUCUCAAAGGGCUGGAGGAGCUGGAAUACUUCAUGGAUGCUAUGGAGAGGCUGGUGGUCACCUCUGUGUUUGUAUUUGCUGAUGAAAACCGGUUGUGUCCUCUGCCUCAGGGGAGGGAACCAUCAAGUGUCCGAGCUGUCAUCACCUCUGCUAGAAUGGCCUGUCCUCUCCUCAUCCACUUUAAGAGGGACGCUUCAGCCUUCUUUUCCCCAUGCCUCCUCAAUGUGGAGGUGCUGUACGUGUACUUGGAAAAUUACAUACACAUCUCUGAGCAGCUGUGUGAGAGAAUGAGAUUGGGAAAUGUGAUGAACCAGCACCUUAGACUGACGUUCCUGUUCCAGGAGUCUGCCCUGCACUUCAUUGAUCUGUUCAGUCAGCGCCACUCCAGAAUGCUGGACUUUCUAAAAGAGCUGGAAAGGAGAGCUGUCAAACUAGAAGAGAUGAAAUUCGGGUCUGACAUCUCCAGUGUGGCAGGCAGUGCAGUGGGGGCGACAGGAGGGGCUCUGACCAUAGCAGGCCUGUGUCUUGCCCCUGUGACUGUUGGGCUGUCACUAUGGCUCACCAUCGCAGGGCUUGGACUGGGUGUGACCAGUGGGGUCAACGGUGUAACCACCGGUGUCACAGAGAUAAUCGUUAACAGAUACCACAGCAAGGAAGUCAAUACAGUCUUUCAACAUUUCAUAGAGGACAUGCAAAUACUCCGGGGGAGUCUGGAGAAGGUGGCCAGCAGAAUUCUUCCUGUUGUGGGAUUUAACAUGGUAGCACUAGGGGUUGGGGUGAUUAUGGGCAAAGGUGCUGUGAGUUUAGGAAUGAAGAUCAACGGCAUAGUAAAAAAUAACUCUGCAAUAGAGGCCUUAAAGGGGAACGGCAUGGUCAUGGGUGCAGGCAAGGUGGGACUCGGGGGGGGCAACAAACUUGCUGCAGAUUUACCUGACAUUGGGAUGUUGGCCCAAGGCACUCCACUCGCCCUAUCUAAGACAUUAAGGCGAUGUAAUGUGGCCUUAAAUGCCCUAUUCAUUGGCCUGGACAUCAUCACUAUCUAUAAAGACAGUGUCAGCCUCGCCAAAGGCAGCAAGAGUGAGGACUCCCAGCUCAUCCGAGCCAGAGUGGCACUGUGGCGCACGGAGAUCAACUCAUGUCAGAGGAUCCAUGACUCACUGUGCCAAGGCAUCCGUAGGUUCAGACAGAGUCAGCGAAUCCUGGAGAAACCAUUUUACCUUGUGAAGGAGUUAGAAAGUCUAGAGCCGCUUGUAGAGAUGGGACUCAUGGACAGCCUGAGGAUGAUAUAGAAACUCUGGGGCAGCCUAUGGCGGAGAUGAGACUACUGGGGCAGCCUAUGGAGGAGAUGAGACUCUUGGGGCAGCCUAUGGAGGAGAUAGAAAAUUAUUUGACCGAAAACAUGUCACAUACUGUGCCCAACAGAUGUUGAAUUAUAUUAUUUGUGUGCAUGUAUUAGCAAAAAUGCUCAAGCUCUAUUAAGUCUUUGAAUUUCACCAAGCUGGCAUUGCCAUUGGUUAAUUCACUGCGUAAUAUGUUAAUUGCUUUUUCAUGAAAAAUCCGUCUCUAGGUUUUUGCGACUGGACCUGGCAUUCAAGCAUGGUGCUGUUGCUGUUAGCAUAUGUAUGGGCUGAGAAGAACAUUUGUAAGUAGAAAUUUUGAACAUUUAGAAGUCAGGACACCUGCCGUUUGGACUCACUUCCUGUACGACUUAAUUGCUUAACAUGGACAUUUUAAAUGAUUACUGUGAAUGGUUUUAAUAAUGGAUGUGUUAUGAUAAGUUACUUAGAUUUGAGAAUAGAAGAGAACAGAUUUUUGCAUUAAAUGUAUUUAAGGUUAUUAUACGUUUUAUUAAACCACCCCUUUAUCUGGGCGGUGUUCUUGUUGUGGAAUAGUCCAAUCUAAACAUUCUAAAUAUAUUAUAUAGAACAAACAUGCCUCUCUGACAUGUAGAAUAUGGAAUCCCUAUCUUUCUGCAACAUUACAAGUUGUACCAACUGAACAUAGCUGUUCUACGUCAGAUUCUAGAACCUGUCACUGUAUAUUGAUGUAAUGUAAAAAUUUAAAAAAGUUUCAAGAGUUUAAUCCACGUUAUAUUGUUGAGAAAAUCUAAUUGGCCUAAGUAGUUAUUUCAGCGUGGUUAUUCUACUUCUGAUUUGUAUAGGCAUGUACUGCCCUCUAGUGUAUUUUACUCAUGUGACAUGUCUUGCUGUUAUAGAUUGCUACUCACUUCAAUUAAGAUAUGUGCUCAUAAAAGUGCAUUAUUUUCUACAUCAGCAAUGUUUAGAUAUCCAUACAGAGUUGAAUUACAGAACUCCAGAGAUUUUCAGAAACAGUGAUACCCUCACCGCUUACAGUAGAUUAAUGUAGCCCUACAACUAUUUUGAUUUACAACAAUUUUGAUAUAAACUGGCCGUUGAGUGUACAGGUACACCCAUCGAGUACGGGGAAUUCUACACGGUGUUGGAAACGUUCCACAGGGUUGUUGGUCGAUAUUGACGUAAUGGCAUUACGCAGUUGCUGCAGAUUGGACGGCAGUACAUUCAUGCAGCGAACAGCCCGUUCCAUCUCAUCCCAAAUAUGCUCUAUUGGGUAGAGGUCUGAGGACUGCGCAGGCCACUCAAGUAAACUGAACUCGCUGUCAUGUUCCAGGCUAUGUUUUUCCACUCAGUUGUCCAGUGUUGGUGAUCGUGUGCUCAUUGGAACCGCUCCUUCUUGUUUUUAGCUGAUAUAGCGGAGUGGAACCCGUUGAGGUCGUCUGCGAUAUGUUCAAUAGCAUAUCCGUGACAAGGAUCGACGAGUUGUGCGUUCCAAGAUGGCGUUCUGCACACCACUGCGCCGUUAUUUGCCUGCUUGUGGCCUGCCUGUUAGCUUGCACGAUUCUUGUCAUUCUCCUUCGACCUCUCUCAUCAACAAGCUGUUUUCACCCACAGGCCUGCCGCGGACUGGAUGUUUGUUAUUUGUCACACACUGAGAAGUAAACCCUAGACAGUGUCAUGUGUGAAACGCCCAGGAAGGCAGACAAUUCUAAAGAUACUGGAUCCGGCGAGCCUGGUACCGACGAUCAUACCACGCUCAAAGUCUCUUAGGUCACUUGUUUUGUCCAUUCUAACGUUCAAUCAAACGGUAACUGAAACCCUCGAUUUCUGUCUGUCUGUCUGCUUUAUAUAGCAAGCCGCGGCCACGUGCUUCACUGUGUGUAGGAGCGAUCCAUUUUCAUGAACGGGUGGUGUACCUAAUAAACUGUCCAGUAUUUAUGUUACCGGUGUAAUUACAGAGUUGGGAAUAAAAACACUGUGACUACAUUACAGUACAGUAUUAAAACUUCCUCCCAUUUAGAAUUGUAUGAUAAGACAACAAAUAAUUAUUUUAUCUGAGAAUGUAAUUUAUGUCUAUUGAUGUACAACAAAGAUGUACUUCAGUACUUUUCCAUCACCCAUGAUUUCUCCAUGCUCCCCUGUGCAUAUCACAUUCUCAUCAGUCAGGAGGGUCCUUGAGUUAUUUUGAGUACACAUUCCCCCAGUCCACUAAAUAAUGACACUCUUCAAAUACACAAAGAGCUUGAACCUAACACUACUUUCAAUCUGUAAGGAUAUAAAAACAAUCUAUUCAUACUAAGAGGAUAUCAUGAUAUUAAACAGUAAUAUAAAACAGUAAUUUACAAUCUAUCAGAGUAAAGAAAAAGUUAAAGAAAGUAUCACCCUUAUUAUGUGAAUUACUCAGAUGAUGGUACUAAAAAGCAGUCUUUUAAAAUACCCAAUUCCAACACUAGUGGUGUCAAACUUUGCAUGACAGAAACGCCUGGGUAUUUGCACUCUGAUGAUGUUUUUUAGUUUGUAAAAACAACUAACUACUUUCUUACUUUGUAAAAGGUUUUAUUUUCAAUGAAAGACCCUUGGCCAGCAAUGGACUAUGUGGCAUGGUAAUUAACAUGAUUGACAGCAUAGAAGGGAGGGAAAUCACAUGUACUGUAAAGUCAGUGCAAGUCAGUGCAAUAAAAUAUAUAAUUUGUCAAACAUUUUUCAGAUGGGACACAAGUCAUCACCCGAAGCCCUGCAUUUAUAUUGUAAUAUUUCCUUUGGACUUUACUUAAAGUUUGUCAUUCUCAUCUAAUUUUCGAUCGGUAGCCUAAGUCUGGCUGACAUCCCUCUACAAGCGUCAGUGCAUUAAGGUAUGUUUGUUUGGUCCCGCUUUAUUCGAAGUGCAUCUUAUGAAGGCUUCAUCAAACCUUCAUAGACAUUAGGAAAGUAUUCAGACCCCUAGACUUUUUCCACAUUUUGUUACCUUACAGCCUUAUUCUAAAAUUGAUUAAAUAUAUAUUUUUCCUCAUCAAUCUACACACAAUACCCCAUAAUGACAUAGCAAAAACAGGUUUUUAGACAAACUGAAGUAUCACAUUUAAAUAAUAAGUAUUCAGAUCCUUUACUCAGUACUUUGUUGAAGCACAUUUGGCAGCGAUUACAGCCUCGAGUCUUCCUGCGUAUGACGCUACAAGCUUGGCACACCUGUAUUUAAUCCAUUUCAGAG